UAAAAUGAUCAUGUGAAAUCUAUGUUUAAUUUUAAUUCAAAUUUUUUAUUUUUUUUUCUUUCUACCCAAUGGACCCUUAGAUAUUUAUUUUUCGCUUUAGACUUAGAAAACUUGUUUAACACAAAUGUUUCUUGAAAUAAAUUUUAGGUCUAAUUGGUUUCUCACUCUGUCAAAUUACGGUUUUCUUUGUGUUACAAGCUUUUCAAAUUAUGUGAUAAUUAGUUUUUUAUGGUUUUUCUCAUUUGAAUCAAAUGUCUUUAGGUUUUUUUCUCUUUUAUAAUCAAAUCUCUCUAUCCUCAUUUUUAUUUGACACAGAAACCAUCAAAAAAAAAUUUACAUCUAUCAACAAUGAUUUUCAUAUACAUAAGCACUGACAUGAUUAAGGAAGCACAAAAAUGGUGAUACGCAUGUCGAAGGCUUACGAUGCAGGUGAACUGAUCUUGGUCUCGAAGCACAUCAGAACCCUAGAUUCCCUCCUCCGCUUCCACGCGCUGACGGUUACAAGCGGCCACUCCACGAACCUUUUCAUGGCCUCAAAGCUGAUAUCUCUAUACGACUCUCUGAACAACGAUCCCAGUUCAUGUUCCACACUCUUCCACUCUCUUCCCUCCAAAGACACAUUCCUCUACAACUCCUUCCUCAAAUCCCUCUUCUCCCGCUCCCUCUUCCCUCGCGUCCUCUCCCUCUUCUCCCACAUGCGCGCCUCCAACCUCUCCCCCAACCACUUCACCCUCCCCAUCGUCGUCUCCGCCGCCGCGCACCUCACGCUCCUCCCCCACGGCGCAUCACUCCACGCCCUCGCUUCCAAAACCGGCCUCUUCCAUUCUUCCGCUUCCUUCGUUUCACUCUACUCGCGCUGUGGCCGAAUGGAUCUUGCACGCAAGGUGUUCGAUGAAAUUCCCAAAAGGGACGUGGUUGCUUGGACUGCACUCAUCAUCGGGCACGUGCACAACGGGGAGCCUGAGAAGGGUUUGAGGUGUCUCCGUCACGUGCAUGGGGUUGUUGAAGAUGAUGAGAAGCCCAAUGCUAAAACGUGGGAGGGUGGGUUUCUCGCGUGUGGGAACCUCGGUGCUGUGAGCGAAGGCUCGUGUUUGCAUGGGGUGGUUGUCAAAAAUGGGGUUGCUUCUUUUAUACAGUCUUCGGUUUUGGAUAUGUAUUCCAAAUGUGGGGUUCCUCGAGAAGCGUAUCGGUCCUUUUGUGAGGUGAUUCACAAAGAUCUUCUGUGCUGGACGUCCGUCAUCGGGGUUUAUGCGAGGAUUGGGAUGAUGGGGGAGUGUCUGAGGUUGUUUAGGGAAAUGCAGGAAAAUGAAAUACGCCCAGAUGGGGUUGUUGUUUGUUGUGUGCUUUCGGGCUUUGGUAAUUCCAUGGAUGUGUUUCAAGGGAAAGCGUUUCAUGGAGUCAUUAUAAGGAGAUAUUAUGUGGAUGAUGAGAAAGUUAAUGAUUCGCUGUUGUUUAUGUACUGCAAGUUUGGAAUGUUAAGUUUGGCAGAGAGGAUUUUUCCGUUGUGCCAAGGGAGUGGAGAUGGCUGGAACUUUAUGGUUUUUGGGUAUGGUAAAGUAGGGGAGAAUGUGAAAUGUGUUGAGCUCUUCAGGGAGAUGCAGUGGUUAGGUAUUCAUUCCGAAACAAUUGGCAUAGCUUCGGCAAUUGCCUCAUGUGCCCAGUUAGGAGCAGUUAAUUUGGGUAGGUCGAUUCAUUGCAAUGUGAUAAAGGGUUUUUUGGAUGGUAAAAACAUUUCAGUCACCAACUCACUCAUAGAGAUGUAUGGAAAAUAUGGUAAGAUGACCUUUGCUUGGAGGAUAUUUAAUACAUCGGAGACGGAUGUUGUAUCAUGGAACACUUUGAUUUCAUCUCAUGUUCACAUCAAACAGCAUGAAGAGGCUGUAAAUUUAUUUAGUAAAAUGGUUAGGGAAGACCAGAAGCCCAAUACAGCCACACUUGUGGUAGUGCUUUCAGCUUGUUCUCACCUUGCAUCUCUAGAGAAAGGAGAAAGGGUUCACUGCUACAUAAAUGAAAGUGGUUUUACACUCAAUUUACCUCUCGGCACGGCAUUGAUUGAUAUGUAUGCUAAGUGUGGGCAACUGCAAAAAUCAAGAAUGGUAUUUGACUCUAUGAUGGAGAAGGAUGUGAUUUGCUGGAAUGCGAUGAUUUCAGGCUAUGGAAUGAAUGGAUAUGCAGAAUCUGCUUUGGAGAUAUUCCAACAUAUGGAGGAAUCAAAUGUUAUGCCCAAUGGAAUUACCUUCCUCUCUCUUCUCUCAGCAUGUGCCCAUGCAGGGCUUGUUGAAGAAGGCAAAUACAUGUUUGCCAGAAUGAAGAGUUAUUCUGUGAAUCCCAAUUUAAAGCACUACACUUGUAUGGUAGAUCUUUUGGGAAGGUAUGGUAAUGUACAAGAAGCAGAAGCCAUGGUCCUAUCAAUGCCCAUUUCUCCGGAUGGUGGUGUUUGGGGAGCUUUGUUAGGUCAUUGUAAAACUCACAAUCAAAUUGAGAUGGGAAUAAGAAUUGCGAAGUAUGCUAUUGACUUGGAACCAGAAAACGACGGCUACUAUAUAAUCAUGGCCAAUAUGUAUAGCUUCAUUGGGAGGUGGGAAGAAGCAGAAAAUGUGAGAAGGACGAUGAAAGAGAGGUGUUCAAUGGGAAAGAAAGCUGGUUGGAGUCUGCUCUGAACUAAAACUUCCCUUCCCUCAAGCCUGAGCUUUAAAAGAAAGAAAAGGUUAAAGAAAACCAUUGGAAGUUUACCAAGUGCCAAUAGGCUUAAUCUUCUCGAGUUUGCUCCUUUCAUAAGCCAUUCAUGAGCUUGUCAUUGAGCAAUUGGGCUAAAGAACCAGACAUGUUAUUAUCAUGAAAUACUUUUCACAUUGUUCUGACACCCCACAAAAAUAACCCUCUUGAUGGAUGUUUUAAUUCUGUAACUCACAAGUAUUCAUGCAGCGGCUAGCAGAGAGGCACGCCAGGGUUGGCAGGAGGGAGAGAUGACUAAGUUUCCAUAAAGGUCAUUAAAUGUGCUUCUGCAACCUUGGACCUUUUUUUCAUCCACAUUGUAAUGCUGAGUCACUUUCUCAGAUAAUUAAACACGUGGCAGAGGAACUUGAGAGAAAUAUUGCUGAUGGGGAUCCUUUUACUUGUCCCAUUUAUUAUUGCAUGUCUGCAAAAGAAUUUGAAAAUAACAUGGAUCCUGUGUUGCAAUUUUCUGUUUGUACGCUGUCCAAAGUCAUAUCCUGGUGUGCAAAUGUUUGGCAAGGUUAUGUUAUUUCUCUCUUUUUCUGUGUUUCUCGUCUUCAUUUAUGAUUAUUAUUAAUAUUGUCUUGAAGGUGGAUUCUCAAGUUACUUUUAUCAGUUUUAGUUUUAAUGACAUAGAUGAUGCAGAUAUCACACCAAGUACAUGAAAAGGUCUUUUACCAAACAAUCACAUUCACACAUGUUAUUUGCAAGUGUUAAAUUGAUGUUUUUGUUUUUCGAGUCGUUCUUUUAGUCCCCACACAUUUUAUUUACCAUUACUUCGACCUGAAAGUAUAUCUUACACCUAUUCUAUAUACUUAAUCAAUACACAUCACAUGCUUUCCAUUUUACACAUGGAAAAGCUGGAAGGGAUGCCAGCUUACAUUUUCAACCAACUUUAUCUAGUCACAUCAUUGAAUUUCUUUGCUAUUGACAUUUCUUAUUGAUAUAGUAUCUUCUACUUAUUUUUACGUCCUUAGGUAUGCUGAGUUGGGGUUAUGUGAUGACUAGCUUUUAUAUCCUACUUUUUAUUGAAGUGAAACAGAUAUCAUGAAUAAGAGAAACAGUAAGCCUAUUCUGUUUGGUACGAAAGCAGCAUUACUGUUAGGCCAUGCUAAUGCCUAAUUGUAUGCUUAACCAUACGUAGUAGUACCCAUAUCAAUCGCAUUUCAUUCAUGUUACUAAUGUAUUCAUAUCAAUAUUCCUAAUUACAUCCAUUAAGCAAUGCUUAAAGAAUGGUUUUUACAUAUGCAGAUUGUUGAUAAACUACGUUGGUUUCUUCAGAAAGGUGAUAUGGUAUGGGUAUUCUCGUUUAUUUACAGUGCCGAAGUUAACGGUGGGUCAAGAAGAUCCACUUUGGAGACACAACUACACAAGAUAAGGAGGUGCAGAGAAGCAUUUGUGGGUCGUACAAACUUAAAAGAUGGAGGAAUAAUCUCGGAAUAUUUCAAAAUAAGGAGGUGCAGGAAGCAAUUGCCUUGCUUUUGCUCAACGCACUUUUUUUUAAGUAAUGGUGAAUCGUCCUCAUUCUAGUGAGAACUACCAACACUCUUAGUGCAUGUUUAGAAAUCAAAUGGAAAAGUAUGUUUGAGGCAAAAUCAUUUUUGCAAAAGGAUCAGGACUCUUGCUUUUAUUUUGGUUUUGCUUUUAUCCAUUAAAUUACAUUGGAACGAAGAUCAUAACAAUUUCAACUAUAAAUCAAGCAUGCACUUAUUUUGUGCUGGCACUCUUA